AUGGACAAAGCUUUCCACUGGUUUACAUUUUUUUAUCUAGUAAAACAGGGGAAAUAUAUGUUAAAGCUUUUGCAAAUUAAAAAAAAUCAGUUACAUCGUUUUGGAAUAAUCUUUAAUCCUGAUAAAAUUCAAGUUGACUUUGAGAUAGCGACGUUUAGUGCUAUAAGAAUUGUCUUUUCCGAUGCAAGUAUAUCUGGAUGCUAUUUUCAUUUUGGACAGGCAAUAUGGAGAAAAAUUCAAAAACUCGGGCUUGUAACAUUGUAUAAUAAUGAUAUUUUAUUUCGAAAUUUUGUUGAAAUGCUUUCAGGCAUUGCUUUAGUAUCUGUAAACGAUAUUGAUUCUGCUUGGGAUAUAAUUAAAAAUUAUUAUAACGUAGAAAAUGGAUUGGUAGAUCGUUUAAUCAAGUAUACUGAAGAUAACUGGUUAAAUAAUAAUAGUUCUUUGUAUAGAAGAGAAAUACGGUCUCAUUAUGGAACGCUUAAAAGACGAACUAAUAAUUCCGCGAAGGUUUUCAUAGUAAAAUUAAUAAAUUGA